UCUUGCUUUUCCAAUUUAUUACGAAUCUCUGGUCAAUCUUAGCAAAUUUCGAAACCCUAGCUUCGUGUGUGUGUGUGUGUGUGGUGUUGGGAGGGCCUGAGCGACCAUGGUUUUCUACUUCAAAGCCCGACCAGAGGCCGGUGAUUACACCAUCUUCAUGGGUCUCGACAAGCACGAGAACGAAGAGCUCAUCAAAUACGGCUUCCCCGAAGACAUUUGGUUCCAUGUGGAUAAAAUGUCCUCAGCCCAUGUUUACGUGAGACUGCAUAAGGGCCAGACAAUUGAUGAUAUAUCUGAAGGUCUUCUUGAAGAUUGUGCUCAACUAGUCAAAGCAAACUCCAUCCAAGGAAACAAGGUGAAUAAUGUUGAUGUUGUUUAUACUCCUUGGCAAAAUCUGAAGAAGACCGCUUCCAUGGAUGUUGGCCAAGUUGGUUUCCACAAUUCAAAAUCGGUCCGUACUGUGAGAGUGGAGAAGCGAAUUAAUGAGAUAGUUAAUAGAUUAAACCGGACAAAAGUGGAACGAAAACCAGAUUUGAGAGCUGAGCGAGAGGCAGUUAAUGCAGCUGAAAGAGCAGAGAGGAAGCAACAGCUGAGAGAUAAAAAACGAAAGGAGGAUAUGGAGAGGCUUGAAAAAGAGAGACAGGCAGAGGUAAGAAGCUACAAGAAUUUGAUGGUUGCUGAUAAGAUGACAUCUAACAAAGAGAUCGCAUCAGCCAACAAGUCCUUGCAAGAAAUGGAAGAGGACUUCAUGUAGAACACAAAAGUAUGGAACUACUUCCCAAUCGUCGCCACCUUAUUGCAGGAAAUGAGAAAUUUGUCGAAAAGUAGUUUGGGGUGGGUGAUUGUUCUGUUCAUCUGUUGUGUUGUGAUUGUAGGCAUAAAUAUACUCCCUGGUGAAAUGAAAUCUCGAGUUCUGAACCUUUUUUUUCUCUAUUUGAGUGUUAAUAAUGAGGGGAAGAAAAUUGGAUUUGCAACUUUAAAAGAGGGAGAUGAACUUGCUUUGUAUGACAUGUGCAUUUGGAUAAUGAUGAUAAUCAUGAUUAUAAAUUUACGUUGUUGGUUCGUGGGUGAUAAA